CUAAUAGGCUGCUUGCUCCUACAUGCAUGACCUAAGUAUUGCAUUCUUGCCGUCCAAUGUAUCACUAACUAGUCUCAUAUAAGCCAUCGUAUAGUUACAGUGGGAUUUAUCCAAUCAUGCGGGGAGCCACUACACCUUUUCGUAUUGACGGGAAUUUGGUACCGAAUGGUGUAUCAAGGCAACUGGUAGAGCCUCGUGUGAUUCAUUCUGGAGUGAAAUAGACGGGCAAAGUUGAAUCAUCCCAUAUGAGUACUUUCAGUCAUAGAUAAGGCUGGCGAUGUUUUGUCACGUUCGCGGUUAGGUCUUUACACCGCCGAACACUGGAGGAUGAUCUUGGAGGUAGGCUGGCAGGGUAGGAGAUCUGACUUACAGCCUGCAUGACAUCCUAUCAUCAGCGGGAUUUAUGGAUUUCCACACCGCUUUGACACCAAUUCAGCCGCAGCAGCUUGUCUUAUUCUAGAAGGUUGCUGCAGCAAUAAUACAACACUGCCACCACAAUUUCCGCUUCGGCAGAAGGUCCUGGCCAACUAUGUUUAACAAUUAUCUUUCGUGCAGUUGAACCCGGACUUCGCGAUGCUUGGUUGCGUGCUUAGCUCUCCGGUUUCCGCGAAUUAUCGGGAGUCCCUAUAUAAUCUAGAAGAGCAGCAGAACUUUUCAUUGCCUGAAUUAAGUCUAAUGAGAGCAUCGAGCCUGAUAAUUACGUCCGCUAGUGGCCAAUUCAGUACACAUGCACCCACUCUGACUUUCACGAUGUCGGCCCAAUUUGAAACUGCACCAACGAACCUUGAUCUGUCCGGACAAUACCCUAUUGCGCCCCGAUCUCAGCUAGCACCAAACCACCACCUCGCGGCCAUUCGCGGCAAUGCGCCACCGGAGAUAACCAUCACAUCUGUUGAGACGGUUGAAGCUACACGGAAAGAAAGAUACUCCGAACGAAGUAGUGUAGUCCAAGAUUUAGGAAGAGAACUGCGAUGGGAACACUCAACUUUGUCUCAACCGGAUACCUCCACUCAAGGUCAUGACUCCGACUCCGCAGAUCUCCUCUUAGGCAUUUCCGGUGGGAGUAAUAAUAACCCUGUAGAAGUACACGGCGAAAUCCGAACGCUUCUAGAUUCUCAUUCUAGAAUAGCACCUAAAGGAAACGGUGAAGAUAAUGAGGUUUUCAUCCCACUAGAUGCCCAGGAGGAAAUAAUAAGCCAUGCGAAGGUUAAAAGAGAACUGAGAAAUUUUUAUUCUGGGCAGGAACUUGACUGUUUAGUGGAAUACAUCUGUGGGAACAAAAGGAGCGAUGCGACUAAGAUAGGAAGACAGAUAUUCGCAAUUCUCGUGUUGAUGGGGAAACAAAAUUUGAUCAAGAACUUCCAUGCAGCACAUAUCUACGAUGCUAAUUUGCCGUUUCGAAGCUGCGGAAUAGGAAACAACCUGAAGUUGAUUCCUAAGGGACUUGGAAAUGACCAAGAUAUAGGGUCGUUGCGUUGCUUCGAAAGCUGGACGAGUGACGACAAAGUUCUGUUUUCUACUUACCAAUGGCGCAUGCUAUCCCCAUUUUUCGAUAGGAGACCUGAUAGGCCGCCCUUUUACUACCCCUUGGAAAAUAAAAUAGUACUACCCUGGACAGAGUGCAGGCAAAUGGAUGAUACAGGCGGACACUCACACGUAUGGAGAGUUAAAAUACACGACGCCCAUCACGGAUUCGGAGGAGGCAAGGGCAAAGGUUUCGCUCUAAAGGUACUUCAUUCGCCUAGUAGGGAUGACUUUGAUGCGGAAUUUGGGGCUCUAGAAAAGCUCAAUCCACAUGAUCACCUUGUACCUGUCCUGGCAGCUUUUAACCAUCACGGAAAAUAUUAUUUGAUAUUUCCUUGGGCUGAAGGAAGCAACCUUUCCAAGUUCUGGGAAGCUCAUCCAAAACCUAUCCUCCCGGAAACAGCCUUGUGGUUCGCCAAACAGUGUUACGGAUUGGCUACAGCGCUUCAUCAUAUCCACGACAUUUCCACCACCGUCCCUAAAAGAGAUCGGCUACGCGGCGAUGGAAUGGGCCCAAGGGAUAGGGAUAGAAUGAAGACAUUUGGAAGACACGGCGACAUUAAGCCCGAGAACGUACUGCAGUUUGAGGAAGGAGACUCGGAGCUAGGUGUGCUGAAGAUAUCCGACUUUGGGUUAACAAUAUUUCAUAGUGCGAGGUCUAGGUCGAAUGAUCGUUUACGACCCGGCCAAAUUCCCUUAACAUACAACGCACCCGAAGGAAAUGGGAACGCCAAUAUUACUCGGAGAUACGAUAUCUGGGGUUUAGGUUGCGUGUACCUUGACUUCGUUACCUGGCUAUUUUUGGGAUAUCAGGGUGUCGAUAAUUUCAAUCAGGCUCGCUGCGACGAAAGAUCGAUCGAGAAUUUUUACACGGAUCAAUUCUUUAAAAGCCGAAAAUGGCUUUGGGAUGUACAACAUGUUGUCAAACAAUCAGUCACAUCUCACAUUUCUCAAUUACAAUCUCGCCACGACUGCAGCACGUUUCUCUGUGAAUUCCUCGACAUCAUAAAAAACGAUAUGUUAGUUGUUAACGAGAAAAGCCGCAUUGAAUGUGGAGAGUUGGAGAUAAAACUUCGAAACAUGUUUGAAAAAUGCCGACGAGACAGGACAUAUUUGCUUCAACCACGCCCAAAAUCAACACGCCCGUUCAAGAUUUAUGACUUAUUAACGAGAAAUGAGACCCCGUGACUAAUAGCACGUAUUAAGCGACCUUCAUCUCGAAUAUCGGUGUUUAUACAGAGAGUGUACGCCUUGCGUAGCGCAGAUCGUCCGAUACGUCCUCCAUUACCGUUCUUCCCCGCCAUGUAUUCGAGUACCAUGUAUCAGAAUACCUAGGUAAUCGGCAGAUACGGUAUCCAUACUUCUGAGUGAGGAAUCACUUUUGGGUAUAAUGGACACGUAUAUUCUCUCGGAUGGUGGUCAACUCGGUCUGGGAGUUUGAAUCAGUCGGUUAAUCAAUAGCAUUAUUAUAACCUUCUACUGCCUAAUAGGGGGUG